GGUACUUGAAACAUGCAUCAGGCUAGUUUUACGCACAGCAUAGGACAGACCUUUAUAAUAGAUCUAAUUCAAAUUUUAAGUCUCAAAUUUUACGUGUGCUAGAUUUAGUGAGCAGCAAAAAUUUUAAUAAAUUUUAUCAGCACUAUACCCAGCAAUUACCAUACCAGACUUUAUUGCAUUUUGUUGUUGGGGAAAAACGAAUAUAUUAAUUAUAUUGUGAAAUGGCAGACUAACUAAACGUGCUUGCUAACUGUCUGCCGAGCCGAACUGCAACAAACAAACUCGUUAAGGUACGCAUCUAAUCGCUGUGUGAAUAGCUAUUGAUUAGUCAUGCGGUUCAGAUACGUGGCCUUUGAUAGCAUUGCGAUGUUAUAUUUAUUUACUAACAUUUCGAAUUCAGUCUCGCAUUCAAAGCCCAAUACGCGGGUAGGCAACAAUGAGCGCGUUGAAUAUUUUGGACUUAAAAGAUGAUUGCCUUGGUUAUUUGCUGAUUUAUCUGACGGCUGAGGAUCGAAUCAGUUUUGCCCAAGUCUGUUGUCGAUUUCGUGAGGUGUUUAUAGCGUCUGCCGGAAAACAAUUUCGCCAGUUUACGCUAGAUGAAAACAGCUCAAGGCAACAGCUGAUCGGAUUCUGUAUUUACCGCGAAUCAGUCGAGAGUCUAAUCAUCGAUUUGGAGUACUUUGAUACGUCGCGAACAUUUCGGAAUUAUGGAUGUGUAGCACCAAUCAAUUGUUUUAGCAUACUUUGCCUAACAUUAACCGGCAUGAUCAGCUUGAAACGUUUAAUAGUAAAAAAGUCAAAAGAAUGGACCUGCAUUCCAAUUGAAAAACCCUUUGAAAAAAUUUUAGCUGCCGUUAAGGGCUUAACUGAGCUCAAAGUUUUAGAAUUGCAUGCCAGAGAUGAAUUUACCUAUGAUAAUUUAAUCCACCUUAACCAUCUUGAGGAACUGCAUAUGCGUAUAACACAAAUAAGCGCUCCAGUUCUCGCCAAGUGCUGCAAAUCGAAUCUCAAUCUACGCCAUCUACACCUCGGCUACAACUGUGUCCAGCGUAAUCUGUCCGAUAUAGUUCCAUAUUGUGCCAAUCUGGAAACGCUUCAAUUUGGCAUGAUGGCAGAGGCAUCCGCUUACAAGCCACUAGCUAAGCUGCCUAAGCUAAAGCAACUUAUGCACUUUGGGGUUCGACGCAGCGGCUCCUUUGUGCCACUGCUUACUGAUUUGGCUGCGCGGCGGCAAGAGCUACAACGUCUGGAGAUCGAUGGAGGCACCCUCAGCCCAGAGGAGACAGUGCAAAUUAUCCGACAGUGCGGCCUGCGGCAGCUGAAGUGCUUCUGCUCGACAGCCGAAAGUGUGGAGAUGCUGUCGCAUUUGAAGCAGCUGCAGGAGCUGAGCAUUUGGAUGUCUAGCAGAACUGAAAUUUCUGCUGCCCUGCUAAAAGUCAUAGGGGAAUGCCAACAGUUGCAGCUCUUGUGCAUUGCUUCGGGUAAUGUAAGCCCUGAUUUUAUAGAGAACGUCACAAAAGUGCUGUUUGAAACCAGAACGGAACCGAAUCAAAAGUCGCUAAAGCUUGAACUUCCCUUGACGAACUAUACGAGCCACAAUAAGGAACUAUCUCAACGCAACAAAGUUCUAAGCUGCUCAGCAUUUGAGAUUGAUUCUUGGAAAUGUUGAAAUAUUCAAUUAUGAAGUUUUUAUGUAUUAUGUGUAUCAAGUCUGGCCGGAAUGAAAAAUAACCAUAUUUUAACAGUUAAUACUCAACGGUGAUCUUAAUAUUAUUUAAUUUUAAGAACAGAACAAAAUGAUAGCCUUUAGCAAAUAUAAUCUCAUAAUUGAACAGGAAAUGUAUUGAAACAGCAGCAAAAAAAUAAUAUAAUCAAUAGGUACUUUUAAUGAUUUAAAAUUAAUAUAUGUAAUAUAUAAGUUAAGCCCGGCGAAGAGCUUUGACUCAAUUAAAACCGGAUUGAUUAUUGGCCAGGAUUCAAUUUCAUUUGCCACACGCUGCAUCCACAGAGCAACCGGUGAAAUUAAAAUCAAAUUAAAUGAGUGAAUUUUAACAUUCCCGUUGUUGUCGAUGGGCCCUCACGCGUGUGAAUAAUGAUGAUGAUGUUACUGCCAGUGUUUGUCAGGCAGCGGACCAGUAGGAAAGAGGAUCAAUCGUUGGAAAGUAGUACCCAUCAGUCCGUCAGUUGAGCAGCCAUUCCUUAUUUGUUUCAAUUGAAAAUGGUUUUUCUGUUUUUCCGCAUGCUGGGCACGCUUUAACACGUUUACAUUGAAUUAAACGUUGCAGCGAGCACAACGGCAGCAUUACAGAUAGCAACAAUAGCACACACAACAGCAACAACAACAAUAACAACUGCAACAUGGAAAAGUUAAAAUCAACAUACAUUGUUGCUGAAAAUUUCCUUUUGUGCCAGAGCACUGUGCAGAGGGUUGGCAAAAGCCGGAAAGUGAAACGAGCACCGUCUGAAGUGAAAGAAAAACAGCAACAGGCCAACGAACAACGCACAACAAUGGCAACAAUGCACUUGAGGCGACCCUGAUAUCGUAAUGCAUAUUACUACAUGUAAACUUACUUAUUGUUCAAUUCUCGCUUGCCGAUACUUAUACUGACAGCAUUUUUGCUAAUUAAAAUACAAUUAAUGGCCAUGGGAAUAUGUAUUAAGGGUCUUCUUGCGAAUACUCUCAAGCAACAACAGCAGAAACUGAAACUUGUGCUUCCUUAAAAUCAACUAAAAUAAAACUUGAGAAAAUAAAUAA